GCAGCACCGAGUCGGCCCGGCCCGGCCCGGCCCCCGGGCAGAUGCCCCGAGUUGCCGCUGUCGCCGCCGCCGACUCGGCCGGUGGCGGUGUGGGAGGUGGGCACCUGGCCCGGGGUCGCCGAGCGUGACAGACGCGGCCGGGGCCGCCGGGGGCUGUCGGGGCCGCGCGCGGACCAUGUAUUUCCUGAGCGGCUGGCCCAAGAGGCUGCUCUGCGCGGCGCGGAGCCCGGCCGAGGCGCCGCUCCACGUCCAGUCCGAUCCUCGGAGAGCGUUCUUUGCCGUGCUGGCCCCGGCCCGCCUCAGCAUCUGGUACAGCCGACCUAGUGUGUUAAUCGUAACAUACAAGGAACCAGCUAAGUCAUCUACUCAGUUUGGAUCUUACAAACAAGCUGAAUGGAGGCCAGAUAGUACCAUGAUAGCAGUGUCAACUUCAAAUGGCUACAUCUUGUUUUUUCAUAUUACAUCUUCAAGAGGGGACAAAUACCUUUAUGAACCAGUGUAUCCCAAAGGAAGUCCACAAAUGAAGGGGAUACCUCAUUUCAAGGAAGAACAUUGUGCCCCAGCACUAAAUUUAGAAAUGAAAAAAAUAUUGGAUUUGCAAGCACCCAUCAUGAGUUUGCAGUCUGUGCUGGAAGAUCUCCUUGUGGCAACUUCUGAUGGACUUCUUCAUCUAAUUCACUGGGAAGGAAUGACAAAUGGAAGAAAAGCCAUCAAUCUUUCUACAGUACCAUUUUCAGUAGAUCUUCAGUCAUCUAGAGUAGGCUCAUUCCUUGGCUUUGCAGACGUGCACAUUAAAGAUAUGGAGUACUGUGCCACACUUGAUGGGUUUGCUGUUGUGUUUAAUGAUGGUAAAGUUGGAUUUAUUACACCAGUGUCCAGUAGAUUUACUGCAGAGCAACUUCAUGGAGUUUGGCCACAAGAUGUUAUUGAUGGGACGUGUGUAGCAGUAAAUAACAAGUACCGACUUAUGGCCUUUGGUUGUGCAAGUGGUUCUGUGCAAGUUUAUACAAUAGAUAACACUACUGGAGCCAUGCUGCUGUCUCAUAAAUUAGAGCUUACAGCUAAACAGUAUCCUGACAUUUGGAACAAAACAGGAGCUGUUAAAUUGAUUAGAUGGUCUCCUGACAAUAGUGCUGUAAUAGUAACCUGGGAAUGUGGAGGUCUUUCUCUAUGGAGUGUGUUUGGAGCCCAGCUGAUUUGUACACUUGGAGGAGACUUUGCUUACAGGUCUGAUGGUACCAAAAAAGAGCCCCUGAAGAUCCAUUCUAUGAGCUGGGGUGCAGAAGGCUAUCACUUAUGGGUAAUCAGUGGAUUUGGUUCUCAGCACACUGAAAUUGAGUCAGACCUCAGGAGUAUAGUUAAACAGCCCAGCAUUUUGCUAUUUCAGUUCAUCAAGAGUGUACUCACUGUAAACCCUUGUAUGAGUAACCAAGAACAGGUGUUGCUUCAGGGAGAAGAUCGCUUAUACUUGAACUGUGGCGAAGCCUCACAAACCCAGAAUUCGAAGAGUUCUUCAGCACGCGCUGAUCAUAUGCCCAGUCGGGGAAAGAACCCAUUUGCAGAUGGAGGUCUGGAGUCUCAGGGGUUAAGCACUUUACUUGGACAUCGACACUGGCAUGUUGUCCAGAUUUCCAGCACCUAUCUAGAAAGCAAUUGGCCUAUACGGUUUUCAGCUAUUGAUAAACUCGGACAGAACAUCGCAGUGGCUGGCAAGUUUGGGUUUGCACAUUACUCUUUACUCACCAAAAAAUGGAAACUUUUUGGAAACAUUACUCAGGAGCAAAAUAUGAUUGUGACUGGUGGCUUAGCCUGGUGGAAUGACUUUAUGGUCCUCGCAUGUUAUAACUUAAGUGACCGUCAAGAAGAGCUCAGAAUCUACCUGCGAACAUCAAAUCUGGACAAUGCCUUUGCUCAUGUCACCAAAGCACCAGUGGAAACAUUACUGCUUAGUGUCUUCCGAGACAUGGUGGUAGUGUUUAGAGCAGACUGUUCAAUAUGCCUUUACAGUAUUGAAAGAAAAUUUGAUGGCUCGAAUACCUCGGCUAGUGUUCAGGUUCUUCAGGAGGUUUCAAUGUCACGGUAUAUUCCUCACCCUUUCCUGGUAGUGUCUGUCACACUGACGUCAGUGAGUACAGAGAAUGGAAUCACCUUGAAAAUGCCACAGCAGGCUCGUGAUGCAGAGAGCAUAAUGCUGAACCUUGCAGGACAGCUCAUCAUGAUGCAGAGGGAUAGGUCAGGCCCUCAAAUCCGGGAAAAGGACAGUAACCCUAACCAAAGGAAACUCGUGAGUAAAAGUCUGCCAUUUUGUCCUCCGGUCGUACUAGCCCAGUCGGUGGAAAAUGUCUGGACUACCUGUCGAGCAAAUAAGCAAAAACGUCACCUUCUGGAGGCCCUCUGGCUGAGCUGCGGUGGUGCAGGGAUGAAAGUUUGGCUCCCCCUCUUUCCAAGGGAUCACCGCAAGCCCCACUCUUUCUUGUCCCAGCGGAUCAUGCUGCCUUUCCACAUCAACAUUUACCCCCUGGCCGUGCUGUUUGAAGAUGCAUUGGUCCUUGGUGCUGUCAACGACACUUUACUCUACGAUUCUUUGUAUACACGGAACAGCGCUAGGGAGCAGCUGGAGGUGCUCUUCCCUUUCUGUGUUGUGGAGAGAACCUCUCAGAUCUACCUCCAUCAUAUCCUCCGUCAGCUUCUGGUCAGGAACCUUGGAGAGCAAGCGCUGCUCCUGGCUCAGUCCUGCGCUGCACUACCUUACUUCCCGCACGUGCUGGAGCUCAUGCUCCAUGAAGUGCUGGAAGAAGAAGCUACCUCACGGGAGCCCAUUCCCGACCCCCUGCUUCCCACCGUGGCGAAGUUUAUCACCGAGUUCCCCCUUUUCCUUCAGACAGUUGUGCACUGUGCCAGGAAGACUGAAUAUGCUCUGUGGAAUUACCUUUUUGCAGCAGUUGGAAACCCCAAGGACUUAUUCGAGGAAUGUUUGAUGGCGCAGGAUUUGGAUACAGCUGCUUCUUACCUUAUUAUCUUACAGAACAUGGAAGUCCCUGCAGUAAGUAGGCAGCAUGCCACCCUUCUGUUCAACACAGCACUGGAGCAAGGCAAGUGGGACUUGUGUCGACACAUGAUUCGAUUUCUGAAAGCCAUUGGUUCUGGAGAAUCUGAGACACCUCCAUCCACACCUACAGCUCAGGAGCCCAGUUCAAGUGGUGGAUUUGAGUUCUUCAGGAAUCGGAGCAUCAGUUUAUCCCAGUCAGCUGAAAAUGUUCCUCCUGGUAAAUUCAGCUUACAGAAAACACUAAGUAUGCCAUCUGGUCCUUCUGGGAAAAGAUGGAGCAGAGACAGUGACUGUGCUGAGAACAUGUAUAUUGACAUGAUGCUGUGGAGACAUGCUCGGCGACUCUUAGAAGAUGUGCGCUUAAAGGACCUCGGCUGCUUUGCAGCCCAGCUAGGCUUUGAACUAAUCAGUUGGCUUUGCAAAGAACGUACUCGAGCUGCCCGUGUAGACAACUUUGUAGUAGCGCUGAAGAGACUUCACAAGGAUUUCCUGUGGCCACUUCCCAUUAUCCCAGCCUCUUCUCUCAGUUCCCCUUUCAAAAAUGGAAAGUGCCGAACAGUGGGAGACCAGCUGUUAAAGUCUCAGUCAGCUGACCCUUUCAUAACCCCUGAGAUGGAUUCUGGCAUCUCUAACAUCCAACGAAGUCAGAGCUGGCUCAGCAACAUCGGCCCCACCCAUCGGGACACAGACAUAGCCUCAUCCCCUGGACCACAAAUGCAAGAUGCUUUCCUGUCACCAUUAUCUAAUAAAGGUGAUGAGUGCAGCAUUGGUUCAGCCACAGACUUGACUGAAAGCAGCUCCAUGGUGGAUGGAGACUGGACAGUAGUGGAUGAAAACUUCUCCACACUCAGUUUGACUCAGUCUGAGCUGGAACACAUCUCCAUGGAGCUGGCGAGUAAAGGCCCUCAUAAAUCUCAAGUUCAGCUUCGUUAUUUGCUCCACAUUUUCAUGGAGGCAGGAUGUCUGGAUUGGUGUGUUGUCAUUGGCCUGAUUCUCAGAGAAUCCUCAGUCAUCAGUCAGAUUCUGAGUAUUGCCCAGUCUUCAGAGAUGGAUGGAGAGAUGCUACAGAACAUAAAAACAGGGCUGCAUGCUGUGGAGCGAUGGGCCGCUGCUGACUGCCCUGGAUAUAAGCCAUUUUUAAACAUCAUUAAGCCACAACUGCAGAAGCUCAGUGAAAUAACGGAAGAGCAAGUUGAGCCUGACACCUUCCAGCCAGUAACAAUGGGUAAGACUCCUGAACAGACCAGCCCCAGAGCAGAGGAGAGCAGGGGCUCUUCCAGCCGUGCAAGCAUCUCUCAGAGUGAGACUGGGAGUAACAGUGUGGUUAGCCGGAAAGAAGAGGACACAACACAAGCAGAUGAGGAGGAGCCAUUUCAGGACGGAGCUUAUGACUGUUCUGUGUCCUGACAACAGCAAGUAACAUCACAAGAGGCAGUAUUAAUCAAGCAGCGUGCAACUGAGUACACAGUGACCUGGCUGAAUGAUUUCACAGGUAAAGAACAAGGGUCAAAAACUCUUAAAGUAUUAUUAUAUCUUAAUGAACUCUUCCUCUAAAUCUCUUGGACUCCAUAAAAUAUGUGCUAUCAAAGCAUCUUUCAUAAGAAAAAUGUAAACUGUACUAGAAAGUAUUGAGCAUAAUAUAGAUGUACAUGUAGAAUAUUUUGGUUUUAUUCACAACAGAUUGAUAGUUGUUAAUGAAUAGGGAUUAUUCUGCCCCAGGUGAGCUUUUUCUCUACUUAUAGCUUAUAUAUAUUUUCUGGUUCAGUGUAUGUCUAGGCUGGUUUUGUUUUUGUGGGUGGGUUGUUUUUAACUUUCUUUUAAAUAAAUGCUAAGGUGCUUGCUGUAGCUCAUCAGGUUCCUGAGCUACUUGUUUGCUUCCUUGAAUAGAGUCAUGGACUCCAGCUGGUCUUCUGAGUGGAUGCUACCCUUGCACAGUAUGAUUCAGUGGACAGGGAUCCUUUGGAUUUAGUACUCUGUUUGUAGCAGUCCCGAACUGAUGGAAGCUAUACCUGUGAGUUAAUGUGCCUGGUUGAGCAAGCUUAAUUCCUACCAGAUCAGUGUGGACAGAGGGUGAGGGGUUCUUGUCAAUUAUGCUGACACCACUAAAUUUUUGUAUUAAAGAACUGUAUCUUUUUGUGAAUAUUCUUAUGUAAAUAGAUGCAAAGGCAUUGUCCAUAUUUUUAAGGCAUGUAUUAUAAUCUAUAAGGUUUUAUGCUGGAUUCUGCAAAACUAUUCUCACUCUUGGAAUAAAGACAAGAUUUGUUCUUCUUUCCAAAAUGAGAGGUCUUCAUAGAGACAGGGUUCUUGGCUGAUCUGUAAAGUAGUGGUGAUCCCACUGAUCAUGAAGUGGAAGAGGUUUUGUGCAAAUUAAUGUAGUUUCUUAUUUAUUGCUUUUGUAAAUUGAAUAAAAAUGGGCUUUUAUGUAAAUAGACUGUGGGAUCCUGUAUUAUCAGCUACUAAAAAUUGGUUUGUAAAUUCUUCAUUGUAAAAGUUGAAAAAUAUUUUAUGUAUUUCUAGACACGACUUAAAUUUUAGUUUUCAUACAUUAUGGAAGCAGAACUACAUAUUCAGUUGCUUCAAACUAAAUACAUACCCACCAUAUGUAAUUCUCAUUAUUAAUAACAGUAUUAAUUUAGAUAGCUUAUUUGUACUGUGCAAUUUGAACAAGGAAUGCCACGUUAUUUUUUAUGAAAUAUUGUUUAUUUUUAUAACACAAUGUAUUUGAUGUGGACCAAAUUCGUACCACUAUGUAAAACAGCCUCUUAUAGUGCAGAUAUAGCUUAGAAAUAAAAUUCAGUCCUCUGUUCUACUUUUUAAAGAGUUGUAUUUAGUCCUCUUAGGUAACGUUCUUUAGAGGGAAUCUCAAAAUUAUUUUGAAAUUACUUCAAAUUUCACCAACUAUUUAAAAUUAUUGAAUUUGGUAAUUUACUGUUAUUUCCUUUCUACAUUAAAAGUGCAAUAAUUUCACAUAAUAAAACUCUUGAAUGGGUGAAAUAUGUGACUCUUGUUACCUGGUCCUUCUGGUGCUACUUUAUUUAAAUCGUCUCAAACCACCACCUUGUUCUGAAUUUUAAAAUACAGAAUAAAGCUUCCUAUGUAAGUACAUGCAGUACAGCAAAAAUAUAAAUAAAUAAAUAAAUAAAUAAAUAAAUAAAUUUAAAAAACACAAAACAACCCUCAGCUGAAAUGUCUUCUGUCCCACUCCACCAUUUCUUUUGUAUUUCUAAUGUGACCAGAAAUUUUUAUUUAGUUAAUAAAAACAAUUUACUGUCAUAAGUAGCCGUGGUCUCUUCAGAUGUCUUAAAUGGCUGCUGCUGAGUUAAGCUCACCUUUUUUGGUGGUGGUGGAGCAGUGUUAAAGAUAAGCCUAGGCCCCUAACCAAAUGCUCCAGUAGUAACUCACAUCCCAGCCCCCCCUUUUUGAGGAAGAGCCUUGCCCAAGCUGGACACCAGUUUGAAACUUCUCCGCUGUUCCAGCUGCUGGGAUUUUAGAAUUGUGUGCUGCUGUGGCCACUCAUCUCCUACCUCCCAGUCUGAAAGGCAGGGUUGGGUUAGUUAUGUUCCUCCUGUGGCCCAGACUGGGGGUGACUCUACAAGAAAAUAGAGUCUAACUCGUAGAACUAGGAAACACUGAGGCAAGAAAUUAGGCAAGCUUGAGAAAAUUAUUCUUUGGUUAUAUACUUCAAAAAUAUUUUAAAAUUUUUGUUUUGCUGUAUUGUUUGGUUCAAACUAUAUCAACUGUAUAAGCCAUAUCUUUAAUGAACUUAAAUAUUCAGCAUAAGUAUUUGAAAGUUAAUAUAUAUGGUUAAAUUUCUUGCUGAUACCAAAACAAAUCAUUUGGGGAUAAUUAAAAAAAAAAAAACAAAAAAACCUUUGCUUGUAAUUGAAGUUGCUGCUGUUUCUGUAAUGUGUAUUCCCCCACUCCCCGUGGUAAAGGGUAAUAAAACUAUUAUAC